UUCCGCCGGUUCAGACUCCUCCGGGCUGGAGCUCAUUCCGGACUGGAGUACAUUGGGAACGGGCCUGGAGUAGACGGAAGGGUGUAUUUUCAACCAAAUUCACCACCUCCGAGGGCAUGGCAGCGAAUGCUACAAUGUUAUGUGUGUACAACUCGACGCGCUUAUUAACAUCCGUCGACGCUAAAUUGCUUAAUAAGCUAGCAAGCCGCCAUUUUGAGCAAUCGUGAACGAGCAACAUGGCGGCUCCGGAAAGAAGCUCGCUCAUUCCGGGUUUUCCGACCGACCUCUCUUCAAGCUAGUGGAGAAAACAAACAGGUCGAAAUAGGAGGAAGAUUGGCAGCCGGUUUGGAUGUGGAGCGAAUUGUUUUUCACGUUUUGUUAGCGGGAGUGUGUGUGAAAGUCGACGACGGCGCCCUUCGAGUGUCGACCCCUUCCGAGUAUGGUGCCACUUCCUGACGUUUUGUCACGGCCGGCGGCGUGUUUUUCUCCACCUCGACGUUGUUUACCAGCCUCAACGCUGUAAUAUUUCACCCGUCGUACACACAUUCGCUCCGGACCUUUUUUUUUAGACAUGCACACCAGGCGCCUGGUAAAGCGUUCGAUCCUCGGCAGCCGAGUUUACGCACCGAGCCCGACUGGAGAGGGCGCCCCGGUGACAGGAGUGGUCCAGGCUGUCAAGCAGGAGAGCAAGGACGGCGCGGCAGUGGCGGUGGCGGCGGGGGCCCGGCGUAGCAACGGCAGCGUCUACACGGUCCUGCUGCAAGACGGCAGCCUUAAGGAGUUCUCCGAAGACGAGAUAGCCGCUGGGUUCAACCACAUUACACCGAAAGGACCGCUCAAGUCCAGCUUGAAGAGCUCCCUCAACGGCGCCCCAAACGGCCACAAGACAGACGGCUGCUCCCUCAGCCCAGAGGCGGGAGAGUGUGAACCGCGCGAGGGCGGCGGCAAGCGUGGCGGCAGGGAGCUGGACGCGUGUCGCUCCGUGUCCCUGCUGGAGCAGAAGCGCAAGGUGGUCUCCUCCAGCAUCGAUGUCCCCCACUCCAGGCGGUCGGAGGAGGAAGUAGACAUGGACAAGGUGACGGCUGCCAUGGUGCUGACCAGCCUGUCCACCAGCCCGCUGGUCAGGAGCCCGCCCGUCAAAGUCAGCGAGGCCCUGAGCGGCUCCUGGAAGGAGAACGGCUCGGCGGGACCCUUCACCCCGUCCAGCAACAGCUCGUCGGGGGGCUACUGGAGCUGGUCCGCUCCCAGCGACCAGUCCAACCCGUCCACACCCUCCCCGCCGCUCUCCGCUGACAGCUUCAAGCCCUUCCGCGUGCCCAGCCUGGGCGGCGUGGGGAACGGCCCCGUCGGGCCUGAGGACCCCAGCUUGGACGAGCAGGAUGGCAGCAGCCUGCUCUUCGACGAACCCAUACCACGCAAGCGCAAGAACUCCAUGAAGGUGAUGUUCAAGUGCCUGUGGAAGAACUGUGGCAAAGUGCUGAGCACCUCCGCUGGCAUCCAGAGGCACAUCCGCACCAUCCACUUGGGGCGUAACUGCGACUCGGACUGCAGCGACGGUGAGGAGGACUUCUACUACACGGAGAUCAAGCUCAACACCGACUCGGUGGCCGAGGGCCUGAGCAGCCUGUCCCCCGUCUCGCCCUCUGUGCUCUCCCCGCUUCCGCCUUUGAACCCGGCUCUCAGCCAGCCGCCCGACUCCCACAGGCCGCCGCACCCGCCGCCACCCUGCGACACCAAGGAGCCUCACGCCGGCAGCGCCACGCCGCUCAGCCGCUCUGCGCCCAGCGCGCUCUACCUCAUCCACACGGACCACGCCUACCAGGCCACGGCCCCGGUGUCCAUCCCGUCCAACGGCAGCAACUCCGCCGGCUCCGCCUCCAACAGCUUCACUCCCACCAACAGCUCCAGCUUUAGCAUCUCCUGGCAGUCGCCACCCGUCACCUUCACGGGCAACACGGCAUCUCCCAGUAAGAGUCAUGUCUUCGGGGAGCAGCGUUCCCAGACCAUCGCCGUCCUCUCGUCCCCGCCCAGAGCCACCACAGCCCUCAGCCGUAAGGUGCGUGGCGAAGGCAAGAAGUGCCGCAAAGUGUAUGGGAUGGAGAACCGUGACAUGUGGUGCACCGCCUGCCGCUGGAAGAAGGCCUGCCAGAGAUUCACCGACUGAGUCCCGACGUCUCGCACGCGUCGCGCCUCGAUGUCAUUUUAACGCGUGGAAGGUGGUGUGGUGUGGUGGGGGGCGGGGCCUCAUGUUGCAUGCAUUCUCUUCAGCUCAGAAAACGCAAAUCUGUCCGUCAAGCUCUGGCUCCGCCCCCUUGCAGCUCAGCAAGCAGAUCCAUUCCAGCAGUGGGCGGGGGAAGCGGGGAUGUUUCCCCCGCCUCGCCUCGCCAUCUCUUUCAUUCCCGCUUUUGGGAAAACCCAGUGCAGCUAAAGCGUAUCUUUUUUUUCUUUACUGGUUUUGUUUGUCUGUGUUGCAUCUUUCGAUAUUUUGUUCUGGUUCUGGUUCCAACACCAAGGAACGAAGGGUCCAAAAGACUGAAAACUUUGGUUUUGGCAACAAAGACAACUUUUUCUGUAUCCAAAAGAAGACAUCUCGUCUUUUGAAGACUUUUCCCCAGGAAAUGCGCCGGCAUCACGUCCUGUCCGAGCUAGCGCACCUGAGGGAACGCGUGGCGAUUUUGGGAACAGGAGUCAUUUUUUUCGUUUGCUUUUAUCAGGGAUCGGGAUGCUAACGGCAGCAGAAACCAGCAGCUCAUUGUGGACUUGUUCCUCCAAUCGCAACCAAAAGCUCUUUUAUCUUGCGUUUUUCUUACGGUGCCAUGUUUACGCUUGUUUCGUCUUCUCUUUUGGUCAAACCAAGACUGUUUAGCGAGGAAAAAAAAACCACGUCGUGAAAUAGAAGCGUCCACCACCCUAAAGCCCCCCCACCCCACGCCUUCCUCCUCUUCCCCAAGGGAGCAACAUUAGUUUUUAUUCACGCUUUUUGGCACUCGCGAUCCAACCAAAGGAGGAAGGCCGGAAACCAAAAGAGAGGCACUUAUGGGAGCACUCCCGGGUUAUAGAUGUGUAGGCAGGCGGUCAUGUGACAUCACAGGACGCCAGCAAGGUUUAAAAAGCACUUGAUUAGGUCACUGUGUAGUUUGCUUUUUUUGAAUGUUCACUCAUAUUUUUUUGUUAUUGUCGCUAGUUGGCUAAAAGGCGGAAAACAACUUCGUUAAAGCCAAAAAAAAAAAAGUUUACAGAUUUUUUUCUUUUGCGACUUAACACGUACCGAUGUAUCAUUUUUUUCUGAAUUUGUAUCCAUUUGAGUCUUUAUUUUUGUCAUUUAUUCUGUGUUACGCCACAAAAGUGUUGCUAUGCUGUUUAAGUAGUUUGCUUGUUAAGCACGACACAAGUGGUGCGGCCGUCACGCUUCUGGUGCUGUGGAAUGGAGCGCCGACCUUAACAUCGCUUCCUUCAAACAAACAAAAAAACACACAAAAAGAAUCAUUGUGCUUCUUCCGUAUUCCGUUGGGAAUUAACAAACAAAAUGUACCAGUUGUUGAUAAAACAUCUAUAUAUUCGCAAAGAAAACAAACUUUUUAAUUUAAUUUGGAUUUUGAUGCUUUCCAUAUAAAUCUAUAUUCUCUUUUAUUUCGUGGCUUUUGUUUUUGUAACGUUGGCUCCUCCUUCACGCUUGCCCGUACCCUGGAAAGCUUCCUGGCUGAAACUGAGCCACGGUGGAAAACUUGGACUUCCUGUCCGUCCUUUGCCACCAACUCGUCCAAUCGGAUCGUGAGCCCACAUUAACGGCCAAAUUGGACUAUUUCUCUCACUCGUCUAUGCUUGGUUUUUGUAAGCAAAACAUGGACUUCAUAGCUAACUAACUUUUUACGCACCAGGAUUACCCGCUACACUUGCCUCCGAGCCUUUUGAGAUAUUUUUGAGUUCAGGACACUCAAAAAAGAUGGUUAUUUUGUUAAAAAUAUGUUUAUUUACCCUUUUUCUCGAUAGAAUAAGACCGUGUUUACAAGUUGUUGGCCUUGGCGGAGGUCUAUUUGACAAGCAGGCGCAAAACCUGACAAAUAACCCGUUUUAACAUUUUAUCCGCCAACAUGGCCUCCGGCACGUGAUAGCGCUCGUUUUUAGUUAGGCUUGCGCUAAAUGAGAGAGGCCAACAUUAGCACACAAACGAGGCUAGCAAACACACAAUUAAAAAGGCGCCGGUGUGUUGUGAUGGGAAUACUAGUCAUGUGACAGGAAUACUUAUGAGGAGGGGCAGCUGCUUGCCGCUUUUGUUCUCCUUGCUGGUGUUUACCCGCUGAGAUGACGCCUUUCUUUAAAACAAAACAAAACAGGCCGCUCUGGUGGUGAUUUAUAAGCUCAAUGACAAUAAAACACAAUGUCAUUAUUCCGCUUUUGGGAAAGGUGUUAAAAUCAACAUGUGUGAGUUAUGAGGGCCUCCCCUCUCUCUCUCACACACACACACACACACAAAUAUAUUUAUGUGUGUGUAUUGUAUGCACAUUCUAUUUGGAACAACACCCUUCACAUGUUGACAGUUGAAUAAGCUUUGCUUGUUUACAACCCGCGAUGGCAUGUGUUGGCCACCAGAGGGCGACAUUUGUCAUCUAAUCUUCUACCCAGUCAAGCUAAGCUACACUGUACUUACUCGAUGUGCUGUGUCAACCUACACUAUGUGGCACGUGACUCUCACGCUUUUCUUUGCAUUACCUUUUAAAUCAGGAUUCACUCUGGAUCCGGAUCUGGAAUUGGGCUCCUCUUCAUUUAUAGUAAAAAGCACAGAAUUUGAUCAAAUGUAGAUCUUAGUCAGGAUCUUUAUCCAGGAUUUACUUUUGAGCAUGAUCUGGAUUUGCAACAGGACCCCCAAAACAUGAGCUGAUUAAGAUCAAAUCUGGACUGUAGCUUAAUCAGGUUCCAGAUCAGAUCCUUUACAGAUAUAAAUGAGUUCAAGAAACAAACUGAACACGUUUGGAAGAAAUGUGGUGUGUAGCUGCAGGAUGAACCAACAGAAUCAGGAUUUGGAUCUGGAUCAUUUUUGUAAAGCUAACGCCCCAAAAAACCUGAACACAUUCGGAUCAAAUCUGUUUUGUCACUAGUUGUAGAUAUGUCUGAGCUAAGAGUGAAUGGAUUCACUUUUGACUUUAUGAUCUGGAUACAUGGAAAAUUGGAUCUGGAUCGGAACAGAUUUAUAUCAAAUCUGAUUUGUAGCUUAAUUAGGAUCCAGAUUGUGUUUCCUUACAGACGUGUAAAAAAAUGUGUGUAGCUGCAGUAUGAACCAACAGGAUCAUGAUUUGGAUCCAGAUUUUACACCUGGAUUGUUUUUGUAAAGAUAACUCACACCCCCAGUCAGAUCAAAUCAGCUAAACAGAUGCAAAUUAAUUUGGAUUCAAUCUGGUGUGUGUAUAUAUUUGAUUUGGAUCCUUUUUUGAAACAGAAAUAAGGAAAAAUAUGAAAAGAAAUGUAUCAGUGAGGAUAUCUUUGUGUUGGGAUGUGGACCUACACCAAUCUCAAUACUGAUCAUGUAAACAGAUUUGGACAAAUUCCGGAUCAAAUCUGGACCUUUUUUCUAAGCGUCAUUCAAACAUUUUUCGAUCUGGAUACGCAAGUAGAUGUGAACAGAAAUGAAAUGAGCUUUGAAUCGAAUCCGUUUUGUAGCUAAUCCAGUUUGGUGUAUAGAGCGUAGAUGUAUGGAGGUAUGUCUCCAUGGCAACCAUGUUGACAGGUUAAACGGGAGGGGGCGGUCCUUCCCACAGACAGGAAAGACGCGACUUUAGCGUCCUCUGAGUCUCUUCUGGAUUCCUGAAUGUGCCUUGAUGGAGCUUCCCCAUGGGGAGCCGCCAUGUUGGAAUGUCUGCGGUGCCGGCCGGCGGGAACGUCUGUGAGAUUUAGCGUUCGGAAAGAGGCGGACUUUUGUACUAGGUUGUUUAAAAAAAAAAAAAAAAGAAUUCCCCGUUUUUCUUUGUCGUUCUUCUCGAACGGCUCCCGUUUUCUCCCUUCCUACCAAGGGCUUGUACAUAAUUCCCCGUCGGUGUCGUGUUUGGGGAAAUCACGGAAAGCCUCACUAACUCAGUCAGCAAGCAAGCAGCGCGCGCAACAGCCAAUGAGAACGCCCGCUUUUAGAGCACGAGCCACACCUCCUUCAAUUUGUGUCAGCCCGGUAAAAAAAAAAAAAAAAAAAAAACCGGGAACGAUGCAGAUCGUGAAUAUGCAACCGGGGCCUUCUCAUUGGCUGUUGGACUACAAAGAUGACCUCAACAACCCCAUUAACUGUCGCAAAGUAAGUGUAAAUAGUCCGCCCAGGUGCAUGUUGCAUGCUAACCGUCCCUGUUCACCUCCUUGUCACGUGUCGUCCACAUUUUGGCCCGCAUUUUUACACCGAAAAAUGUCAAAAUACAGUCACGUUUUCAAAAAAAAUAUACAUUUUUAGUUCAAGUGACAACAAAAUUACGUUACGCUCAAAAUGAAUGGAUUGGUCUCAGUUUAGCUAACGGUAUGUUAGCAUAGGUUAGCUAUGGUCAGAAACAUCACCUAAAAUUCAAGAUGGAUGUCAUUUCUCAUGUUUUGCGGUACAAAGCUGUGAUGUGUUAACUCUAAGCUAAACUGUCUUAAACACGUUUUAAGCUAGCCAGGGGCGUUGUUUCUUAGCGGGAGCAGAAUCUAGGCAGGCUAAUGAGGUUGAUGGUUGGAUUUUUGGAAGAUGAGGUCGCAAAUUGCGUCUCUGUGCCCUGGUUUUGUUUUGGUUUUGUCACUUUAACGGCAAAAUGAAUAUGCUAGUACACAAGCUACUGAGGAGUUACUGGCUUGCUAGUUUCCUGUAAGGUAGCUAAUUAUCGCUCUAUCCUUCUCUCUCUCAAUAUAUAUAUAAAUAUAGAAUUUUUUUGUGUGACAAGAACGUGACCACUAGCGCCAGCAUUUUUCUUUUCACCAAACGUCAAAGGAAAGUUGAUUCGCCAAAGAGCCGUCCGUCUCUUAGCUUAGCCUAAAAUCAUGCCGCUAACGGUGACAACAAAGCCGCCAGCUAAGAAAAAUCGCUAUACAGAUGGAAAAGGGUUUUCCAACAAAAAAAUCCAAGUCUCCCCUUCAAGCACUUGCAAUAUAUACAGUGUAUAUAGAAGUAUAUAUGAUGGAUGUUUUAUCGCAAAUAGUACUCUAUCGCACCAAGGUUUUUUUUUAUUUUUAUGGCGUUCCACCACGUCGUCACAUGAAAUAAUAAUCUUUCCAGAAUAUUCCAUGAAAAUUGACUGUUAAAUCCUGUAUUUUAUUUGUGUGUGUGUGUGUGUGUGUGUGUGCGUGUGUGUGCGUGUGCGCGCGCAUAGAAAAUGCCAUCCUUCCUUGUCGUAAAAUGUGUUUACUGACACUUGCGUUCUGGUGCUGUUGUUGUUGUUUGUACAACUUUUUUAACUCCAGAUGUGACAACACACAAAUCUGGAGAUUUUAACGGAAUAAAGUUUUUUUGGGGUUUGUUUUGUUGGCAGCUCUUUGUUAAAACUUGUGUCCACUUGUCUUUUUUUCCGGUUUCUGUGACGUCAUCACUGUUGAUUGUAGCAGCGAGCCAAACCUUACAUUAUAUAGUUGUACACAUACGUACUAUCAAGUGGACGGAAUGGUCAUAUUUGUAAUGGCUUUGCCGGAUACAACACUUAUUUUGACACGACUUACCCGGAGGUAGUCAGUAUUGUCUUGGUGUCCUGUCGCCCUCCUCUGUUCAAACUGGGAACUUCAUCUAAAAAGUGGUGUUUUUUUGUCCUUUUCUAUUAGAAGCUGUACAUAGAAAUAUAUUCAUUCAUUUUCUACCGCUUUUCCUCACGAGGGUCGCGGGGGUGCUGGAGCCUAUCCCAGCUGUCUUCGGGCGUAAGGCGGGGUACACCCUGGACUGGUGGCCAGCCAAUCACAGGGCACAUUCACACUCACAUAUCACAUAUCACUCACAUAUCACAUAUCACAUACCUAUGGACAAUUUGGAGUGGCCAAUUAACCUAGCAUGUUUUUGGAAUGUGGGAGGAAACCGGAGUACCCGGAGAAAACCCACGCAUGCACGGGGAGAACAUGCAAACUCCACACAGAGAUGGCCGAGGGUGGAAUUGAACCCUGGUUUCCUAGCUGUGAGGUCUGUGCGCUAACCCCUAGACUACCGUGCCGCCCAUAGAAAUAUAUAUAUUUUUUAAAUUAUGAUUAGAAAUGAUAAAAUUUAAACAAGUCAAAAUAAAACUAAACUAAAAAUAAAAUCAAUUUGUUUUUAAUGUUAAAAUGCACA